ACAGGGAUGUGGCGGUAGCGCUGGCGGGGGUGACCUGUGGCAGCACGGGGUGGCCGCGCUGUCCCCAUGGCCGGGAGGUCCCCGCUGUCCCCAUGUCCUGCCUGGGCCCGGGCUGGCCGCGCUGUCGCCGUCGCCGAGGGCUCGGUGCCGUAGCGGUGUCGCCACGGGGCCAGCUCGGGGCCAGCCCCAGAGCCGGGCUCCCGCUGCCGCUGUCCCCGCGCUGCCAGCGCCAGCCAGCCGUGUCCCUUGUCCCUUGCAGCCCAGAGCCUCGGCCUCGCUGGUGAGUCCUCGGGGGAUGCCGUGUCCCCGCGCCGCUGUCCCCAGCCCCGCGCUGGCCCUGGCACGCUGCUGUCCCCUGUCACCCGCAGGUGCCCCGAGCCCGCAGCUCCUCGUGGAGCCGCCCUGGAGGCUGGCGGUGCUGUGGGACCGGGUGACACUGACCUGCCGGGGCUGGGGGACCGCCGGGGACACCACCUGGUACAUGAACGGGCGGAUCUGGUGGCAGAAGGGACGCGAGAGCUUCACUGUCACCUCGAGUGGCACCUACGAGUGUGACAGAGGCGGCAGCGGGCGCAGCCCCCCCGUGAGAGUCUCAGACGUCACGCCAGUGCUGCAGGUGCCGGCGGGGUCGCUGGUGGAGGGGGACACGGUGACACUGCGCUGCCGGAGCCGGCCGGACAAACCGGUCACCGAGGUGCGGUUCUACCAUGGGGAGAAGGAUUUGGGGAAAUCCCUGUGGGGGUCCGAGAUGUCCCUGUCCCCCCUGAGGCUGCAGCACAGCGGCCAAUACAGCUGCGGGGCCCUGUGGAAUACCUGGUUCGCAGAGUGGGUGCGGUCGGAGCCGGUGUCAGUGACAGUGCACGAGCUCUUCCCGGUGCCGGUGCUGGAGGCUCCGGCCGAGCUGCUCGCGGGGUCCCCCCUGAACCUCAGCUGCCUCAGCAGCCGCAGCCCCCUGCGGCCCCUCACCCCCCUCGUGCACCGCUUCUACCGGGACGGGCGGGAGCUGGGGGGCCCGCAGGGGUCCCCGCAGCUGCUGCUGCCCGCCCUGGGGCUCUCCGGCUCGGGGAAUUACAGCUGCGAGGUGCAGAGCCAGGGGGGGGCCGUGCGGAAGAGCAGCGCCCCGCUCCGCGUCACGGUGCUCGCGGUCCCGCCCUCGGGGGUGUCCGUGUGGUCGCAGCCCCCCGGGGCACAGGUGGCACUGGGGGACCCCCUGGUGCUGAACUGCGCGGUGGCCGCGGGGACAGGUCCCCUGUCCUUCUCCUGGCACCGGGAGGGCUCGGGGACACCGCUGGGCACCGGCCCCCGCCUGCAGCUGCCGAGCGUUGGGGACAAUGACAGCGGCCACUACCGGUGCCGGGUCAGCGACGGGGACAGCGUGGCCGAGAGCGGCCCCCUGAAUGUCACCGUCCUGGUGCCCGUGGCCAAUGCCACCAUCAGCCCCGGUGCCCUGGGCCAGCAGGUGCGCGCAGGUGAGCCCGUGAGGCUGCGCUGCUCGGUGCAGGUGGGCUCAGCCCCUGUCACCUUCACCUGGCUGCGCCACGGCCGGGAGGUGGCCCGGGGUCCCCUGCUGGAGCUCGCCCACGUCGGGCUGGCACAUUCGGGCACCUACCAGUGCGUGGCCACCAACCAGCUGGGACAGGACGGGCACCGCGUGUUCCGGGCACUCAGCCCCGAGCUGCUCCUGGAGGUGACAGCGGGGGGACACGGCCACACAGCAGUGGCCGCAGCGCUCGGGGGCUCCCUGUUGUUCGUGCUCCUGCUCACGGCUGUCAUCGUGGCCUUUCUCCGCACGGGUGCCGGGAAGCAGCAGCCAAGGGCCCCCCCGGCCGAGGAUCCUCAGGACACCUACUCGGAGCUGCUGGGGCCGCACGGGCAGCCCUGGGAGCCCAGAGACAUCUACGAGACUCUGCAGAAACAACUCAUCCCGGAUGGCCCCACAAAGGCCCUGAAGCACCGCACUUCCCCCGCCACCCUGAGCCCCCGAACCCCGAGCCUGGCGGGGAGGGGGAGCCUCCGAAUUGCCCCCAAGAUCCCUGAGAGAGCCCCCAAGAUCCCUGAGAGAGCCCCCAAGAUCCCUGACAGAGCCCCCAAGAUCCCCGAGAGAGCCCCCAAGAUCCCUGAGAGAGCCCCCAAGAUCCAUGAGAGAGACCCCCACGCUCACCCACCCGUGCGGAGAAAGGUCACGAUGACAGCCGUGAGCAGGAGCACGAACAACAGGGAGCCCCCGAGCGCUGCGGCCACUGCUGGGGACAAAGGGGACACAGCGGGCUCAGCCCGAGCUUCUGCACCCCAGAGACCCCACGAGUUCCCCUCCCGUGCCCCGCUCCACUCGUGUCGCUGCCAGGGACAGAGCGGGGCUGGAGCCAGAGCUCUCGGAGCCCCCCAAGAACCCACCGGUGUCCCUGUGUCCCCCCGCUGUCACCUCCAGAGACAAACCCGACUGUCCCGGACCCCCAAAGUGUCCCCGAGUGAUGCCAGCCGUGCCCUGUCUCCUCCGUGUCACCUCCAGGACAAACCCGGCUGUCCCGGUGCCCCAACAGUGUCCCCGAGGGACAUUGCCUGUGUCCCCGUGUCACCCCGCUGUCACCUCCCGGAGCAGCUCGGGGCUGAGUGCCCGGAACACGCGGUGCCCGUCCUGUCCCAGCUGGUUGGUGGCCACGCACUGGUAGGUGCCCGAAUGUGCCAGCCCGACGUGGGCGAGCUCCAGCAGGGGACCCCGGGCCACCUCCCGGCCGUGGCGCAGCCAGACAGUGCUGGGGGUCCCCAGGUAGGGCAGGGGGAGCCGUGCAGGCUGUGGGGGCUCCCCGCGCCCAUCCCCGCACUCACCGAGCACCGUGACGCGGAGCGGGGCGCUGCUCUUCCGCACGGCCCCCCCCUGGCUCUGCACCUCGCAGCUGUAAUUCCCCGAGCCGGAGAGCCCCAGGGCGGGCAGCAGCAGCUGCGGGGACCCCUGCGGGCUCCCCAGCUCCCGCCCGUCCCGCGCAGUGUCACCGUGUCCCCCUCCAGCAGCGGCCCCGCCGGCACCUGCAGCACCAGGAGCUCUGGAGGACAGGAGGGUCCUGUCACAGCCGAUGGCACCGGGACCCCCCAGUGGGUCACAGCCAGCGCACCCGGGGUCCCCAAUGCCAACACGGGCGUCCCCUCGCACUGCGAUGCUCUGGGAUGUCCCCAGAGCAGGGCACGGGCUCUGCUCACACCAGGGGUGACCCAGCUGCCCCCCCAGAGCUCUCGGGGUCCCCGCGGCUGCCGGGCUGGGGACACCCAAACGCCGCUCACCGCCCGAGACGGUCACGGAGCGGCUGCGGCCGCUGCCGCCUCUGUCACACUCCACGGGGUGGCCGCGCUGUCGCCAUGGCCGGGAGGUCCCCGGUGUCCCCAUGUCCUGCCUGGGCCCGGGCUGGCCGCGCUGUCGCCGUCGCCGAGGGCUCGGUGCCGCAGCGGUGUCGGCACGGGGCCAGCUCGGGGCCAGCCCCAGAGCCCGGCUCCCGCUGCCGCUGUCCCCGCGCUGCCAGCGCCAGCCAGCCGUGUCCCUUGUCCCUUGCAGCCCAGAGCCUCGGCCUCGCUGGUGAGUCCUCCUCCCCUCUCCUUGCCAGAGCUCUUCCCGGUGCCGGUGCUGGAGGCUCCGGCCGAGCUGCUCGCGGGGUCCCCCCUGAACCUCAGCUGCCUCAGCAGCCGCAGCCCCCUGCGGCCCCUCACCCCCCUCGUGCACCGCUUCUACCGGGACGGGCGGGAGCUGGGGGGCCCGCAGGGGUCCCCGCAGCUGCUGCUGCCCGCCCUGGGGCUCUCCGGCUCGGGGAAUUACAGCUGCGAGGUGCAGAGCCAGGGGGGGGCCGUGCGGAAGAGCAGCGCCCCGCUCCGCGUCACGGUGCUCGCGGUCCCGCCCUCGGGGGUGUCCGUGUCGGCGCAGCCCCCCGGGGCACAGGUGGCAUUGGGGGACCCCCUGGUGCUGAACUGCGCGGUGGCCGCGGGGACAGGUCCCCUGUCCUUCUCCUGGCACCGGGAGGGCUCGGGGACACCGCUGGGCACCGGCCCCCGCCUGCAGCUGCCGAGCGUUGGGGACAAUGACAGCGGCCACUACCGGUGCCGGGUCAGCGACGGGGACAGCGUGGCCGAGAGCGGCCCCCUGAAUGUCACCGUCCUGGUGCCCGUGGCCAAUGCCACCAUCAGCCCCGGUGCCCUGGGCCAGCAGGUGCGCGCAGGUGAGCCCGUGAGGCUGCGCUGCUCGGUGCAGGUGGGCUCAGCCCCUGUCACCUUCACCUGGCUGCGCCACGGCCGGGAGGUGGCCCGGGGUCCCCUGCUGGAGCUCGCCCACGUCGGGCUGGCACAUUCGGGCACCUACCAGUGCGUGGCCACCAACCAGCUGGGACAGGACGGGCACCGCGUGUUCCGGGCACUCAGCCCCGAGCUGCUCCUGGAGGUGACAGCGGGGGGACACGGCCACACAGUGGCCGCAGCGCUCGGGGGCUCCCUGUUGUUCGUGCUCCUGCUCACGGCUGUCAUCGUGGCCUUUCUCCGCACGGGUGCCGGGAAGCAGCAGCCAAGGGCCCCCCCGGCCGAGGAUCCUCAGGACACCUACUCGGAGCUGCUGGGGCCGCACGGGCAGCCCUGGGAGCCCAGAGACAUCUACGAGACUCUGCAGAAACAACUGUGACUCUUCGUGCCUGCAGGAAGUUUUAUUCUUUAUUCUCAAUAAAAACAAAAUCAAUAAAACUCAA